AUGCAACCUUUAGGUUGUGAAAAGCAGACUUUAGCACAAAAAAUAAGACUUGAAUUUGAUACGGAAGCAGCAACGCUAUCUUCAACGUUGGAGAGUGAUGCAUCAAUGAACUCAUCAAAUUCAUCGUUAUCACAUUCUUCUUCAUCACUCGCAAUUUCGACUUCAUCUGAAUGUUCCUUUAACAAUAGAACUUGUGAAUUUCUGCAUCAUUCUGCUGUUAAACGUAAGAAAUCAUACAAACGACGUGAACUAGAAAAAGUAUUGUGCAAAUUACGUCAACUGCUGCCAAGUAAACUAAUGCACUCUAAUGAGCUUGAAUUAAUCUACCAUGUUACAGACUACAUUCUUGCUUUGCAGGUAUGA